ACUUUUUAAUUCACAUAUAGUCACCCACCGCCAUGGCCGGCAAACAUAAACUCAUUUUUACUGGACUAUUGGUUUUCAUGUCAGUGCAUUGGUCUUCAUCUAUUUCAGAGGAAGAGCUCCAUGCCAGCUACUGGAACAACAAAGCGAGGCAGGCGCUUCACAAUGCCAUGAAUGUUAAGCCGAAUCUUCACCAAGCCAAGAACCUCAUCCUCUUCCUGGGGGACGGUAUGGGGAUACCGACGGUGACUGCUGCCCGGAUCCUCAAAGGCCAGAUGGCAGGACAUUCUGGGGAGGAGACCAGUCUGGUUAUGGAUACCUUUCCUCACCUGGCGCUGUCUAAGACGUACAACGUGGACCAGCAGAUGCCAGACAGCGCUGGCACAGCCACAGCUUACUUAUGUGGUGUGAAGGCCAACUACGGCACCCUGGGUGUCACAGCCUCCACCCAAAGGUACAACUGUAGCACUACCUUCGGGAACGAAGUCACAUCAGUUCUGCACCGUGCCAAGAAGGCAGGGAAGUCUGUGGGAAUUGUCACGACAACCAGAGUGCAGCACGCCUCUCCGGGCGCAACCUACGCUCACACUGCCAACCGAGGGUGGUAUUCUGACUCCGACCUCACCACCGAGGCGAUCCAACAUGGCUGCCGUGACGUUGCUUGGCAGCUGGUUCAUAACACAGAGAUAAAUGUUAUUCUUGGUGGAGGACGUCAGUACAUGUUUCCGAGAACCACGCGUGACCCAGAGUAUCCAUCUUACACAGGAGACCGAAAUGAUGGACGAAAUCUUGUUGACAUGUGGUUGCAAAACAAAAAGAAUGCUAAAUAUGUUUGGAACAAAGCUCAGUUUGAUGCCGUCAAUCCUGCAGAUACAGACUUCCUGAUGGGUCUCUUUGAGCCCAAAGACUGCCGCUACGAGUUGGAGCGUGACCCAACCAUGGACCCCUCCCUUACAGAGAUGAUGGAGAAAGCAAUUAAGAUUCUGAGCAAGAACCCAAAUGGAUUUUUCCUCUUUGUGGAAGGUGGGAGAAUUGACCAUGGUCACCAUGGAGGAAGGGCCAAAAGAGCUCUCUAUGAGGCUGUCCAGUUUGACCGGGCGAUUGGGCGAGCAGCUGAGCUCACCAGCGAGCUGGACACCCUGUCUGUGGUAACUGCAGACCACUCCCACGUCUUUGCCUAUGGAGGAUAUUCUGCCAGAGGAAACUCUGUUUUAGGGGUGUCUCGCUCACUAGCUAACGACAACAAGCACUUCACCACUGCUGUGUAUGGAAAUGGACCAGGAUACCAGAGUGGAGUUCGCCCAGAUAUGAAUGAGUCAGUUUCAUCGGGUGACGAUUACCGUCAGCAGGCUCCUGUCCCUCUUGACUCAGAGACCCAUGGCAUAGAGGACGUCGCCAUCUUUGCCAAAGGCCCCAUGUCACACCUUUUCCACGGGGUCCAGGAGCAGAACUACAUUGCACACGUCCUGGCUUAUGCUGCCUGCCUGGAGCCCUACAGGGACUGCAAAGUGGACCCGCUCAACCACGCUGGAGCCGUCAAUCCCAGCCUGCUGCUCCUCCUGAUGAGCCUCCUUCUCCUCUCCCUCUGCUCUGUCUGAGAUGACAGCCUUUGUGGAAUUCCUCCUGAACUUGGAGUAAUUGUGCAAUAUGACAGCUUGGGUGAAAAAUAAAUUACUCUAUACACUGUACUUUCAGUGUGUAAUUUAAGAGCUGUACUGCCGCACAACUUUGAGAUACUGCCAUUUUAACUCACUUCUUCUUGUUGAGAUAACCUUUUGAAAAGCAUUAAUGUUAUUACUGUAUAAAGCCCUGGUUUUCAGCACUCCUUUGAGUUUAUUUAGGCUAUAUGAAAAUGUUUUUAAGAUUUUUUAAUAAAGGUGUGAUUUUCUAAUGAUAUUGGACAAAAAAUGUAGGAUUGCUAACACUCCUCAUGUUUCAAGAUGUUGUACGCUUUCAGUUGUUCUUACAAAAACUUUGUUGGCACAUCCUUGUCUAUCCUGAACCUCAUCAUCCCAGUCAUCAUACUUAAAAAAAAAAAAAGGCCCAUAACUCUCUGUACUAUUAUGCACAUUGUGUAUGUUUAAGAGGUAUGGCUGUAUCUUGAUAUUGCAACAUCAAUUUAUAAAACAUAUACAAUGAAAACACAAUAGGCCUACACAAAAUGUACUCUAGUAUAAUACAUCCAAAAUAACCAAAAAUAAACUCUGCAUA